AUGCAUUAUGAAGAAGGAACAAAUAAUCGUGAAUUACUAUUAUGGAUUGUAGGUUUAAUAAUAGUUGAGCCAUAUAUAAUGAUAUACAGUCAAAAUAAAUUUGAUCAUAAAAUUGAAAUAUCAACAUUUGAAUUAAUAAAUAGUCUUAUAUCACUUGUACAUGAUAAAUCAAUGAUACGUAUUGAAUAUGCAACAGCAGGAAGUAAACAAGUUUGGUAUGAUACAUUUGUUAGUCAACAAGAUUUAGCAAAGUUUUUAGCUAUUUAUCGAAAAAGAGUUGAUAAUUUAGGUAGUGGAGGAUCAAUAUACUAA